AUGCAAAGGACCUUGGUGAUACAAUCAAAGAAAGAAAUAAAGAAAGAAGGAAAUAAAGAAACAAGUCAAAACAAAGCUAAAGAUAUGAUAUUUCUUCGCCAUCACCUCCAUAAGGAUCUUAAGAUUGAGUACUUGACUGUAAAAGACCCACAAAUCCUUUGGAGUAAUCUCAAGGAGAUGUAUGACCACCAGAAAACUGUGAUAUUGCCUAAAGCUCGUUAUGAUUGGUUACAUUUAAGACUACAAGACUUUAAGUCUGUAAGUGAAUAUAACUCAGUCAUGUUCAGAAUUACUUCACAAUUGAAGUUAUGUGGAGAGAAAAUUACUGAUGCAGAAAUGUUAGAGAAAACAUAUUCUACCUUUCACGCAAAUAACAUUGUCCUGCAGACACAAUACCAUGAAAAGGAAUUUAAGAAAUAUUCUGAACUUAUAUCUUGUCUCCUUGUGGCUGAGCAAAAUAAUGAGCUAUUAAUGAAAAAUCAUGAAUCACGUCCGACUGGUUCUACUCCAUUCCCUGAAGCGAAUGCGACAUCUCAUAAUGGGAAAAAAAUAUCAUGCCAACAAUAG